AUGGUACUAAAAGAAUUUUGUGCUGAGGGUUAUAAUCGGGUGCCAGAAGCCAUAAAUGCUGGUGCUAAGCGAAUAGAACUCUGUGCCCGCUUGGAGGUUGGUGGCGUUACACCAUCUACUGAAACAAUAAAAAAAACUGUUGAUUAUUGUCAUUCUAGAGGAAUUCCAGUGAUGGUAAUUAUACGUUGUAGAGAGGGGAACUUCUGUUAUAACGACGCAGAGUUUCAGAAAAUGAAAGAAAGUGUGGAUCUCGCUAAAAGUUUAAAAGCAGAUGGUGUUGUUUUAGGCGCUUUAGAUGCCUCUGGAAAUGUGGAUGAGAGAAUAUCUUUGUUGUUGUCUUCAGCGGAAGGGAUGUCACUGACGUUUCACAUGGCAUUUGAUGAAGUUCCCAGAGAGAAACAGUUUGAGGUUAUUGAUAUCUUGUGUAAGUAUAAGUUUCAUCGUAUUCUUACUCAUGGCGGUCCUUCAAGUUCCAAGAUUGAAGAUAAUCUGGAUAGAUUGGCGGAGUUGGUUGCAUAUGCAGGAGGAAGAAUUUCUAUUAUGCCGGGUGGCGGUGUUACGAGUGUGAAUGCCAAGGCAAUUGUCGAUCGUCUUGGUGUUACAGAGGUUCAUGGAACUCGUAUUGUGUCACUUCUUUGA